AUGGAGCAAACUACGCCAGAGAAACGUGUCCGGAUGGACAAGAUGCCUGCUCCGCCUGCCGAAACCAGAAGUCCUCGUCGGAGUAGCCGCGUAAAGAAGAACCCUUCAAUCACCCCGAACCGCUUCAACAAGUUCUUCCAUCCGAGACUGCAAGACACCAAGAACAAGUCAGUUCGGACCUCUCGAAAAGCUUUGCAGAAGUUGUCCGCAGCAAACCUUAACAGCCGUCUAAAGGGCAACAAAGUCACACUGGCCGCGGACGAAGAGGACGGACCUCCUUCAAAAAGGAGAAGACUGUCCUUCAGCUCCAUACCUUCCAUUCCCUCUUCGCCGGUCACGAAAUCACCUGCCAGCCAAGAUAAUGCACGGACUACGGGAGCAGGCCUGAUAGGUGUGAAGGGCUCUCCCGGCACAUGCCUUGGGCUGGACGACGACGACAACGAUGAUGAUGACGAUGACGACGAGUAUUUGGACGAAGAUGAAUUAGAAUGUCGGCCACGAGUGACUAGGUACAAAUCUCUCAGCAGCUCCGCAGGCAACCUGUCUAGGCAAUUAGGUGGCAGAGGAAUCCUUCGGCAGGCCAACGACAGCAAAUUGUGGCAGAAUGAGACGGGAAACUUCUAUACUCUUCCGGACGACGUCUUCACGAACUCUACCAACACCACACGGGAACGGUCAUUGCCCUUCUGCGCGACGAGCUUCCACCAGCAAGAGUCUGUCGCUAUCGGGAACGAAGAUGGCCAGAUCGAGAUAUACCGAGCGUGGCCACGUGUAGAGGGCUAUGAUGGCUCUCUCAAGUUCGAGGGUCGAAUGAUCCCCCACGACAACGCCAUUAUGGAUAUGCAGUUCUCGCCGGAUGAUCAUUUCCUCGCUACCGCGUCCGGGGACCAGACCUGCCGAAUCAUCGACAUGAACACUCGUACCGGCACGCAUACGCUGGUUGGUCAUGUUGGUUCAAUCAAAAAUGUGCGAUGGCAACCUGCUUCGGGCAAUAAGAUACUGGCGACGUGCUCCCGUGAUGGAAGCGUGUGCCUGUGGGAUCUACGCUGUGCACAGAACGCCCUGGGAUCAUUGAAAGUGAAGCCCCUCACGCGCUCACCGCACUUCCUCAAUAACAGCAGAGAAGUUGUUCCUCAAACCGAGAUUGUCGGUGCGCAUACGCCCUGGGACAAAGUCAAGCUGAUGAACAGCAAGCGCCCGUCUGCUCCACUAUCUUCGAAAGCCGACUUCGCCGUUACAGCCUGCGCAUUCAUUAGCGAGACUCGUCCGCAUAUGCUAGCGACGGCUUCCGAGCACAACGCUAUCAUCAAGCUAUGGGACCUGCGGGCGUCGUACAAGCAGCGAUCAGGUCGACCUAUUCCUGUUUCGGCGACAGCAGAGCCCAAGAGUCACGAGCUUACCCGUCCAUUUGGCGUCACGUCCAUAGUGAUGAGCACAGAUGGCGCAAGACUCUACACUCUGUGCCGGGACAAUACCAUUUAUGCUUACUCCACCGCACAUCUUGUCCUUGGAGGCUCGCCGGGGAUGAACCCAUCCUCAACUCAAGCGUUCAAAGCCUCUCGCAGCGCUGGCACAGGCCUUGGUCCCUUGUAUGGCUUCCGCCACGAGAAACUGCGACUCGGGUCAUUCUACGACAAACUUUCCCUUCGUCCCAAGACAGAUGAGAACACGGAACUGCUGGCUGCGGGCACAGGCGAAGAUUGCGCCGUCCUCUUCCCCACCGACGAACGAUACCUCGCAAAAGCUGCUCGAACGCCUUUCCCUACCACCAGAGCCUCUUCAAGCACAUCGAACCACCCCUCCAGGGCUUCUCUCCCACAACGCGCUUCUGCGUCGAAAAUGACCACUUCCUUUACCUUGCACAGCAACGACCCAGAGGCCACACAUAUGUAUCACCAUGGCACUCCCCUCAUCAACGGCCACAGGAAGGAAGUUUCCUGCUGCGCGUGGAUCCCAGGCAACGGACAACUCGUCACGAUAGCGGACGAUUAUGUCGCCCGAUGCUGGUACGAGGAUGACCCCGGAAAAGCACGGGAGCUGAGGUCGAAUACAGGACGGGAUGUGGCGAGGGCGAAAAGCGGAUGGGCGGCCGUUGUGGCAGGGUGGGAUGAGGAGGACUAG